UUCACGUGCUAGGCUCGACUUACCUGUCUCGCGCUCCCAUCGCCCUCCAGCGUUGCGCAGCCUGGAGGGACGGGGUGGGACAAGCCGGGGGUGCCUUCUUCUGAUUCAUGUUGUAUGGCUUCACCACUGUGGCUGUCAAGAUGGCAUGCAAAAUUAUCCCUCUUUCCAGGUUUUCCCCAAGGACCCUGGACAAUGCUGUUUUUUUCUAUGUGCGCCACUAAAGGGCCCAUCCAGCUUCUAGAGGCUACCUGGAUUCCUGGGCUCAUGGCCCCUUCCUCCGUCUUCAAACCAGCAAUGGAAAUGGAAAUGAAAGCAAAAUGGAAGAACGUGAGGUCCUUAUCCUUGGAGAUCCUAUGGUGUCUCCACAGACAUUCCUUGAAGAAAUCAGAUGGAGCUGAGCCUGGCACUCUAACCGGUUCUCUGGGUGUACUGCAAACGUCUAAUAAAAGGCACCUUUGCCCAGUUGCUUCAAUUCUAGGAAGCUGUUCAAUGUUUGACUAUAUUUCUCCAUACUCAUUUGAAAACGGUUCAUCAGGUUAGUUCAGUUGAAUUAUUGCUCCUUGGGAGUUUUCCAAACCCUGGAUUUCCUUCGGAGAGAGCUAGAUUCUAUUCCAUUCUUGGAAUCCAGCUCUUUGCCCCUCUCUGUGACCCCUGAUCGCAAAUGCAGUAAAAAUAUCCUGCCGCCUCCUGCA